AUGUCUUUUUUCCAGUCGGAAAUUGUGCCCUACCACUGUGACACGAUGGGCGGCCUCAUAACUCCGUUGAAUCCGUAUCACAAUCUAUUUCUCAUGGUGGACGAUGGCCUACGUUACCUGCAUCCGAACAGCAAGGUCAGACAAUUUCGCCUAAAACUGGAAAAAGCCCUAUCAGAACGCCUACGUGGAGCAUCAGGUGCUCGGAAUAAUCUUCCACGGUGUUCAAUUGCCGUGCUGGUUGGUGGAGACUAUAAGUCCCUGCUGGAGGUGCAAGCUCGAGUGGAUGCUGGUAUGCCUUGUGUUGUUUGCAUAGGUACUGGAAUGGCCGCGGACAUUCUCUAUAUUGCCCGACAACUCAGUGAAAAGGACUCAGCCGAGUAA